UCCCAUUUUGAAAGGAGAUCAUCAUGUUCGUUUGGAGUUGUUUAGGAAAGAGUCGAGCUUAUAAGGAAGUCAGGAUAGAGCAAGGACAAGUAAAUAAACAUCGAUAUGGUUCUUUUCCUCAUGCUAUUGAUAUGAAAAAGUCUUCCAACUUAUUCCACCAAGUAUUUGGUUUCACUAGCCAAGCAGAAACAUGCAACGGAAGACUAGCAAUGUUUGGUAUGUUUGUUGCGGGAUUGAGAGAGAAAAUGACAGACAAGGGCAUAUUCGAACAACUCGGACUGGUGGAUAGACAACAACAGUGUUGGUUGUUUGGUUCCUUGAUGGGUUUAUUUCUAUUGUUGAUUACAACUCACUAUUAUUUGUGGAGGCAAAAGAAAGCUUAAAUAGUUUUUGUGUAUACAAGAGACGAACAAUAAAAUGAGAAAACCUUAU